AUGUCUUCGGACACCACGGAUCAAUGGCAGAUGCCUCUGGGUGCUCUGCCAUUUCCGCCCGUGGUUCAGGAUGCCAAUACGAUGUCUUUUGGAUCUCCGAAUUCGUUCGACGACCGUAGCUCAUCUAUAGGUGCGAUCCCCUUUGGAGGCAGCCGUGAGGCUGUACGGGAUGUCACUGAGAUGGUGACAAGCUCGGUAUGGUGA